AUGUCUACACCUAUACGUUCAAGAUCUUCAAUUGGUGCAACACCCAGUAGGAAUGGUUUUAGACCUCCAUCAAGAUUAAAUAGUUCCCGAGGCUCAAUUAGUUCUGGUUCUGUUGUGACGCUGCCGACCAGAUCAAGACCAAAUAGUUCAUUUAAUUUAAGUCGACCAACUACUCCAUUUAAAGAACCAUAUACUGGUACAAUUACGGUUUCAAUUAGACCCAAUCCCGUAAAUAUAGAUAAUAACUCCAAUUGGUUAAUUUCAAAUAAUACAAUUUUAAAUACUCAAGAUCAAAAUAUUCAAUUUCAAUUUGAUAAUAUUUUCAAAACUCAAGGUGGUUCUAAUUUUUCAGUUUACCAAAGUUGCUGUUCUCCAAUAGUUGAUCAAUUUUUAAAUCAAGGUUUUAAUGGCACUGUUUUUGCUUAUGGUAUGACUGGAUCAGGUAAAACUUAUUCGAUAAAAGGUGUGACUGAAGAUCCAGGAUUUAUUGAGUUGACAAUAAACGAUAUUUUUAGAUUCAUUGAGAAUAAUCAAGGCAGUUAUAAAUAUGGGUUGAAUUUUUCGUAUCUUGAAAUCUAUAAUGAAAAAAUCAACGAUUUAUUAAAUUUGAAUAAUGUAGAUUUGAAAAUUAGAGAUGAUUUAAGUGGAGAUAAAAAGAUUGUAAGUCUUACUACUACUCCUAUUCAAUCUAGAUCUCAAUGUUUAGAAUUGAUUAGAAAAGGUGAAAUUAAUAGAAAGACAAGUUCUACUGAUUUCAAUGCACGAAGUUCUAGAUCUCAUUCAAUUUUACAAAUUAAAUUAACAAAGAUCGAUAUUUUGAAUAAUUUAGAGACUAAAUCUACAUUGAGUCUUUGUGAUUUAGCAGGUUCAGAAAGAGCAUCAUCAAGUCUUGAAAGAAGAAAAGAAGGUUCAUAUAUCAAUAAAUCUUUACUUGCUUUAUCUAAUGUCAUUAAUAAAUUAUCUACAAAUUCAAUUGAUCAUAUACCUUAUAGAGAUUCAAAAUUGACUAGAUUAUUACAACCAGCCUUAAGUGGAUCAUCAUUAAUUUCAAUUUUAUGUACAAUUCAAUUAAAUUCACAAUAUCAAUCUGAAACUAUAAAUACUUUAAGAUUUGCAGCGAGAGCUAAGGAUAUAGUCAUGAGUGUUGAAAAGAAUACUUCUUCACAAUUGACAAAUAAUGUAAUACAAGAUUUGAAUAAUAUAAUUGAACAACAAAGAAACGAAAUUGAAAGAUUAAAAUCACAACAAGGAAAAUCAACAACUACUCCAACUUCUGUUGAUUCUGCUGAAGUUAAAAUUUUAUAUGAAAAAUUGGAUCAUUUAACUAGAUUAACAGAUUUGCAAAAAACAGAAACAAUCUUAAUUAAAAAUGAUGUAUUGAAUGAUAUAUUAGGAAGUGAAAUUGAUAAAUCACAAAUUGUAAUGCAUAAUAUAGAAGAUUUUUACAAAAGAAUACUGUAUGAACAACAAGAAUAUAAAUCAUAUAUUGAAAUAUUAGAGAGUAAAUUACGAAAUCAAGAAAAUAAAUCAAAUAAUGAUUUUGCUAUGGAUAUUUUAAAAGAACAAGAAGAGGAGAUAAUCAACUUAAAAGAACAAUUAAGAGAUAAAGAUCAAAUUAUAAAGAGUUUAAGUAACACCACCAAAUUAAGAAAAUUAGUCGAAAGUAAUAAUAAUCAAAAUCAUGCAACUCCAGAUUUUAAAAGACCAAUUAUAAAUAUAGUAACAGGUAAAGAAAAUGAUAUUUCAAAUUUAAAAGAAUUUCAAAUAAGUCCUAAACCACCAAAAUCAAAUUUUAAUGUAAUUGAAAUGGAUAUGGAAACAUUUUAG